CGCGCGCGCGCGCGCCUCCCUCCUGCACGCGCCGCCGCUAGUCCACCACUCUCGCCGGAGCUUCUGGCCCGCGCGGUCCUUUUCCCGUCCGGCUGCGGAGCGGGCGGGACCCUGCACCGUGGUCGCGACAGCAGCAGCAGCCCCGCGGGCUCCGGCGGCGGCAGCGGCUCGCGAUCUCACAGGCGGACCGUACCACCGCCCGCCGGCACGCGGGGGGAGCUGCCCGCCCCGCCGCACACGCCUCGGCAACCCCGCGGGGCUGAGGCGUCGCCGCGCCCGGGAGCCUGAGUGCUGAGCCGGCCUCGACCCCGAGGUCGGAGCCCCGCGGGCCGCGCUCGCCGCCGGCCCCACCCAUCCGGGCCGAGGAGGCCACGGCCAUGGCGGAGACAGAGGAACGGAGCCUGGACAACUUCUUCGCCAAGAGAGACAAGAAAAAGAAGAAGGAGCGGAGCAACCGGGCGGCGAGCGCCGCGGGCGCGGCGGGCGGCGCCGGCGGGAGCAGCGGAACCGCAGGCGCGGCGGGCGGUGGGGCGGGCGCGGGGGCCCGGCCGGGCGACGGCGGGACCGCGGGCGCGGGGGCCGCGGGCCCUGGGGCCACUACCAAGGCCGUGACGAAGGAUGAAGAUGAGUGGAAAGAAUUUGAGCAAAGAGAAGUUGAUUACAGCGGCCUCAGAGUCCAGGCAAUGCAAAUAAGUGAAAAGGAAGAAGAUGAUAGUGAAAAAAGAGAAGAUCCAGGUGAUAAUUGGGAAGAAGGUGGAGGUGGUGGUGGUGGUGUAGAAAAAUCUUCAGGUCCCUGGAAUAAAACAGCUCCGGUACAAGCACCUCCUGCUCCAGUAAUUGUUACAGAAACCCCAGAACCAGCAAUGACUAGUGGUGUGUACAGGCCUCCUGGAGCCAGGUUAACCACAACAAGAAAAACACCCCAAGGACCACCAGAAAUAUACAGUGAUACACAGUUCCCAUCCCUGCAGUCCACUGCCAAGCAUGUAGAAAGCCGAAAAUACUGAGCCUUCGUAAGGGUUGACUACCUCAGAUUUGCUGCACUCAUUGUGGACUUCAUGUGGAUCACAACUUCUGGAUUAGAAGGUUACAGCUAUUAAGUGUCGAUGUGAAACUUGAAACCAGCUCUACUGGAUACCUAUCAGAAAUCCUACAGAAAGUCAGCCUUGGGUUCGAUCUGCUGUGAAAGAUGAAGAUUUAAGUGACCUUAAUUAACCUGUCCUGUGCGUCCCCCAACCCCACUCCCCACCCCGCCCCUUAAGAAAUACUCUGUAGUGGGCUGUGGCUGUAUUAGAGUUCCUGGAACAUGCCACUCAAAAGGAGCUGAUGUGGCAGAUAAUCUGUGUAGGGCUGUGAUUUAUAAUUUAAACUUUGAGUUGUAUUCUGAGGUAACCACAAACUCAACCAAACUUGGGUCCACCAAGUGGAAAGGGGUGGGAGAGGGAGUAAUCUUGUUUCUUUCAGUAAUUUUUUCAUUUGGGUAAUGCUUUUUCUGUGUUCCACAUUAAGGCCUUUUUUUUUUUUUUUUUUUUUUUUUUUUUUUUUUUUUUUUUUUUUUGCUUUGACUUGGAAUAAGUUCUUUGACAGAGCGUAUUGCUUGGUUAAGUAAAGUAACCUGAAAUAUGCAUUAGAAUUGUGAAAUUACCUGGUCAAUUUGCCAAUCCCUAGAAUAGAACCAAAUAGCCUUUGACGUAAAGGGCAGUGGAUGCAGGGGGCUCUACUUCAGGUGCUGCUACCGCCUCCUCUAAUCAGGUCUAAAUUGUAAACUGCAGUGGAAAGCCUAUGGUUUCUGCUCAGGCCACGGGAUUCACUGACCUGACAUUAAGUUCAAAGCAACGUGAGCAGAACCUCAACCUAAAGUCCACUUGCGUAUCAAGGAUCUUGCAUGACCUUCGACAAGUCCAGAUACACUUGUGCCCAAAUGUUUAAGGUAUUGGACAUUCUGUAGAUGCGGUGAUUGUCCCAGCUUAGCUCUAUCAUCCACCUGGUGUGUCCUUAUGUUGUUCAUUUGGAGAGUCGGGCGAAAACCAGGUGAUGUAGCACUUCUGUUUUUAAUAUUACAGUUUAAACUAUCCAGUAAUUUUUAGUCCUUACAAGAGACUUCAGGAAGAUACCGGGAUUACUGAAAAGUUUCUUUCCAUCUAAUGAGAUAGUCUGGCAAUUUCCUAGUUUUCUAUCUUUGGUUCAAUAGAAAUAUUUGAAAGUGGUAUGUGACCACUUGAUGCAGAGUCUGGGUGUCUCUAUAAUAAAUCCCUUUGCCAAAUGGCAGGAGUUGCAGACUUGCCACUGGCAAGAGUGAAGCAAAUGGGUGAGUAAAACUAUCCGAUGGAGCAUUUCCUUUGGGAGUUUAGUCUGGAUGAAAGUGUUAAUGCAGGAUAGGACUCCUAGAGGGUUUUCGUUGUCUCCUGACAGAACCUGCCAACCAUUUUCUGGGCAAUAAUAUUGGCGUUACUUGAGGUAGCAGGUGGGAUGCCUGCCUUAAUGUAUUUGGGUGAGUUGCUGAGAAAGCCAAGGAGAGGUUGGAUGAUUAAGCGAGAAACGGAUUCUUGGUUAAACAAAGCUUCAUGUGGGAACCAAACAUUUUAACAAAUCUCUUGGAUUUUGAGCCACGUAUUUUCCCUGAAAAGUAUGCGUUUUUUUCCAGCAAAAUUUUGUUGGUGGUAGUUAUUGAGGAAUUAACUGAGAUGGAUAUGUGGAACUUAAUUUAAUGGCAUACUCUACUAUUAAUCAGAAGACCUGCAGGAGAUUUAAACCAACUCUUGUCAUAACUUUUUUAAAAAAUGUGGAAUUAUCAAAGUGCACAUGAAUCAAGUUUUAAUAUACUGUAUGAUGGGUGGAUGAGGCUGUCCAUUGUACCAUUUCUUUCUUUGAAUUCUCAGGCAUGGUUUGGCAGUGCAAGAACUCUGUAACAUUAACAUUCAAUAAAAGAUAAAUAUAUGGA